UUCAUCCCUUUUUCUUCUUAACAAAAUAAAUGGUGUGUUUUCAACACCUUUCUUCUCCUUCUCAUGUGCAUCCUUUCUUCUUCUUUGUUUAAUAAUCAAUCCUAGUGAAGAAUUUUUAUUCCAAGAAUGCAUACUCAUAACUCUCUCAAGAAAGAAUUCUUCAAGAAAUGGAUAACAAGCCUUCAAAUAUGCAGCUCCUCAAAAGAGAACAUGAACUUGUUGGAAAGGAAGAAAGCCAUAAAACUAUCAGCCGACCUAGCCAUGGCUUCCACUCGAAAUGGUAAACGAUAUUGGAGUCGUGCCCUCAUCACCAAGGCUUCUAAAGAUAGAGAAACCGGAAAUUUAGCUAAGCAAAUCUUGGGUGACAAAACAACUCAUAAGUGUUUUUCACAAGAUGACCUCAAUGCAACAACAUUCACAACAACAACAACAACAACAACAAAGCCUAAAUUGCGAACAAUUUUUGUUCAAAGCAAUAACAAGAAGCCUACUUCUUCAAGGAACAUACGCAAGUUUAGGAAAUGUGAUCCAAAGAAAUGUGGUGUGUCAAAUAGUUAUAAGGUGAAAAAAGCUAGGGCAAUGGCAAAGAGAUUGGUUGAGAAAAGAACACAAAUACUAAAAGGGUUAAUUCCUGGGGGAGAAUACAUGGAUGAAUUCUCUUUGGUCAAGGAAACACUUGACUAUGUUGUCUCACUUCGAGCUCAAGUUGAUGUGAUGCAAUAUCUUGCUAAUUCUCCUCAACUCUUCAUUCAAAUUUAGAAAA